GGUUUUCACAGACAUUCAGCAAGUCCUCAACAACCUGACGCAUCCUCGUUUUGUAUUCACAGACAAAGAGGGAGAGGCAGACAUCCUCUACAACUUCUCACACUUCAAAGAUUAUAGGAAGCUAAGUGAAGAAAGGCCUGAGGUCAUGCUGAAUCAGUUCCCCUGUGAGAAUCUUCUGACUGUCAAAGACUGCCUGGCAUCUAUAUCUAGACGAGCUGGAGGACCAGAGGGGCCAAGAUGGUUGCCUCGUACCUUUAACCUCCAAACAGAACUGCCUCAGUUCAUCAGCUACUUCCAGCAACGUGACAGAAGAGGAGAAGACAAUCACUGGAUAUGCAAACCAUGGAACUUGGCCAGAAGCCUGGAUACCCACAUCACCAACAACCUUAACAAUAUCAUCAGGCAUAGGGAAAGCAGCCCAAAGGUAGUGUGCAAGUACAUCGAGAGCCCGGUGCUGUUCCGGCGGGAGGAGGUGGGGCCGGUGAAGUUCGACGUGCGCUACGUGGUGCUGCUGCGCUCGGUGCGGCCGCUGCGGCUCUGGGCCUACGAGGUGUUCUGGCUGCGCUUCUCCAACCGAGCCUUUUCACUGGAUGACUUGGAUGACUACGAGAAGCAUUUCACAGUCAUGAAUUAUGCUCCCGGUGUGACAUUAAAACAG